UCCUCCUCUGGCAUUCUCUCAUAAAGCACCUCCACUUUUCUAUUCUCUCUUUCAUUGUCCUCCGUCGCCAGCUGUGCUGUGCUCCUAUUUUCCCUUCUAGCUUUUCUUUGGUCUCCCUCUGUUGUGAUUUGAGCCGACUCGGAGCUGCGCUCGUGUCCUAUCCCGCUUCCCCAAAUAAACAUAGCCAACACUCCACUUUCAAGCACCUUUCUUUAGCUCGUGCAGAUCACCAUGGGCAAUCUCGUCUGGCACGAUCUCAGCCGUCUCAUUGCCAUUACCGCUAGUCUUUACACAGUUUGGUCGGGCUAUUGGGGCUUGUUCUACCGCAAGUUCUUUUGGGAUUUCGUCGGAGGCAUUCUGCGAAACCCUGGUGGCUUGCAGCCAUCUCCCAAGGUUAUUGGUUUUAUCAAUGUUAUUGUCAAGGCACCGGUUAUACAGAUUUUGGCCAUGAUUGUCGGUCUUGGAUUGCUCGCAUUGGAGUGGCCUCUGCCACUGUUCAAAGGGACUGCCAUACAUCGCAGCAUGCCUUUGCGCAUCAUAAUUCUCCUUGUACAGGCCUCUUUGACCGUGCUUUAUUAUCAGGGAACAAAUGCAGCGUUAUAUUCACUUAUAGCGGCCGGCGCUUACACGAGAGCCAUCAUGCUCAACGAAACUUACGAGGAAGCUAAAUCCAACAGAGGACAGACGGGCGCGGCCUAGCCUUUGUGCCGUGCCUCAUUGUUCAGGCAUCGAAGAGUGGACGGCGGAAGCAGGGCUUUGCGCAUAAGGGCGGAGACAACGGCCUCGCGUAUUGCAAGUGUCGUGGGUUUCUUGGGCAGGUUCCCUUAUUGUUUUGGUUAUGCGGGCUUGGUCCCGAAAUUUGCCUUUUGUUCUCGGUACGGUCGUCAUAUAUACUGAGCCUGUUCCGACGGUUGUGUGUACGAUUAUGGAUGCGCCUAUGGUAGCUUCAGCUUUGGUGAGGUACUAC